AUGGAGAAGUACUCAGAGAAACUAUGGUUUAACCCAACUACAGGUAAACUAUACAUAACAAGGCUACCAAUGAACUGUGAUAAUGCACAUUAUCUAAAUAUGGCCGCAGCAGGCCUUUUUGGAGGUCACCUUGCCGCACCACCUGAGAAAGAUCAGCUUGUAAUAUUUCCUACGACUUAUAAUAAGAAUCAAAUUUUGGUCGAAACCAUGCACAUUUCCUGUCAAUCUGACAUAUCAGUAUCAACCAGGUCACAACUAUCGUGGAGUGAUUAUUUACCAAUACAACGACAAGUCAGAAUGGAGAACUGCUAACAACACUCACUGUAAGUCUGGCUAUAUCGUCAUUCAAGACACGGAUUCAGAAAAUGUUAAGCAAUGGAUUGGUAAAGAGCCUGGCGCUGUUCAUGGAGCUGUCUACAGAAAUGCUUUCGGUGAAUCUGUGAACGACGCGGAAGUCGUUGGCGAAGGUUUUGCGAUACGGAAUGAUAAGUUGGUUGAAACGUUUGAAAUUAAUUCAAGCGUUUUCAACAACCCACCGGGCAGUGCAUUUCACGAUGAUCGCGGAAGGAUGCAUGAAUUGUCAGAGCAUUGCGUCAGAAAGAUAGUAGAGUAUUGGAAGACUGCGGGUCCUUGCUGGGUCAGUCAGAGAAAUUUUGAAGUGAAACAGUUGCUCGAAGAUUUCUAUCCAGCAUCCAUUCGACACUUCAGUUGGCAACAGUCGAUGAACGAACCAUCUCUAAAUAUAUUUCAUAAUGUCGUGGAGUUCAAUAAUAUACAAAUUAAACAUUUAUUGGGGUGAUACUUAAUCACUCCUUUCAAUAAAGUCAAUAAAGAAGCACUGAUUAACGAACGAAUCAUGUAUUAAGCCCAGCUUUAAAGUCUUUAAUAAGCCUCACUGCACUACUGAAGACUUAUAACCAUGGAACAGUAUAUAAAACUGGCCCAUUGUUUUUAGUAUAAAGUUCUUAAACAGUCAAGGCUGUUUGGCAUGAUUAUUUUAUAAGAAAUACGUGUCACGUUGGGAAAGUUAUCAAUUUCUGCGGAAUAAAGUGAAUGUUGAAAUGCGAAAUGUAAAAUCAAAAUAUUUUCAUGAUAAAAUCACUGAUUGCUCUGUAAUGAAUGACCCUAAAAAGACUUGGAAAUUAAUUAAUUCAUUAUUGGGAAAGAAUAACAAAUCCAACAAUGUGAAUUAGCUGCUGGUUGACAGCACGUUAGUUUCGGAUCCUAAAUCUAUUGCAGAUGCAUUUAAUGACUAUUUCAUUAGUAUUGGGUCGAGGCUAGCAGCAGAAUAUGUAGACGAGUCCUGUAGUAAUGUUGAUAAUCAGCCCAUAAACUAUAAUAUUAAUCAAUCCUCAGAUACUUUUUUAAAGUAUCUCCAAUAUCCGUUGAUAGUGUUGCCUCGACCCUAAGAGGCCUAAAAGCAUGUAAAGCAACAGGUCUUGAUAAAAUUCCUGCUAAAAUUCUAAAAUUAUCUGCAAACAUAAUUGCACCCUCGUUGACAUUCAUCUUCAAUCUGUCGCUUGCAACAAGCGUAUAUAUAGAUGAAUGGAAGCGUGCUCGUGUUACGCCAAUAUUUAAAUCCGGGGAUAAAAGGCAAUGUGAUAACUAUCGGCCUAUUUCAAUUUUACCGGUGGUGAGUAAAGCCUUUGAGAAGGAAGUUUUCGUCAGGUAUAUAGAUACUUGUCUGAAAGCUCUCUUCUGUCAAAGUUUCAAUCUGGAUUUCGUCCAAAGCAUUCAACUGUAACUGCCCUCAUCCAAAUGGGUGAUGAGUGGCUAGAAAAUAUGGACAAUGGAAAGUUAAAUGGGGUUGUGUUCAUAGAUAUCAAAAACGCAUUUGACUCUAUAAACCAUCGCAUUUUGUUAAAUAAAAUGAAUGAGCAAUUUGGAAUUUUUGGCGUAGAAUUAAAAUGGUUUGAGUCAUAUUUAACAAAUAGAGAACAGCAAUGUAAUGUUAAUGGAGAAUUAUCUAGUAAUAAAAUUAUCACCUGUGGAGUGCCCCAGGGAUCUAUACUGGGACCACUGCUAUUCCUAUUAUAUAUUAAUGAUUUGCCCGAUUGUUUGAAAUCAACUAAUCCAUGCAUGUACGCGGAUGAUACUCAAAUCUUUUCAUCUUCCUACGAUGCAAAUGAACUUGUUGUAAAUUUAAAUUCAGAUCUUGCCCAUAUCUGUAACUGGCUUAAAGAAAAUAGGCUGCAGAUGCAUCCAUCAAAAUGUAAAAUGAUGUUUAUUGGCUCCCCAUAUAAUCUUAAUAAUAUAAUGUGUGAGGAACCCGUUGUGGCUAAUGCAAAACCCAUAUCACGAAUUGCUACACAAAUGUGCCUAGGAGUAAAACUAGAUGAAACCCUUAAUUGGGAUAGUCACAUUGAAAUGAUAUGCAAGAAGGCGAGCGCUGCUAUUGGCGCUAUGAAACGUAUAAAGCCCUUUGUUCCAAUGCAUACCUUAGAAUCGAUUUAUAAAAGUCUUGUGCAGCCCUACUUUGAUUAUUAUUCCCCCCUUUGGGACACUUGUGGUAAGUUGCUAAGAGACAAGUUGCAAAGAUUUCAGUCUCGUGCAGCAAGAGUCCUAACGGGUGCUAAUUAUGAUACUCGCUCAGCUGAUCUUCUCAACAUGCUUUCUUGGGAUACACUUGAAAAUAGGCAGUCUGGUGCCAAGUCAGUAUUAAUGUAUAAAAUACUUAACGACCACACUGCGCCAGGUCUCCGGGGGUCAUUCGUGAGAAGAGAAAUAGAUCAAACUAAUUAUCAUCUUCGAAACACAGCAACUGAUCUAACAAUUCCUAAACCGAAACGAGAAUUUCUUAAAAAAAGUUUUAAAUAUAGCGGCGCUAUGCUCUGGAAUCAACUCCCAAACGAAGCAAAAUUGGCCGAGUCGCCUCAUUCGUUUAAAUCAAUUGUUGGACAGCGACAUGCUUCCUAAUUAUUUGUAUAUAGUAACGUGUACAGUAUGUGUGUACUAAUAUUUAGUUUAAAUUUUCCUUUUAAUGAUUUUUAAGAUCUAAACACGCCCCCAUGGAAACCAGCCUAGAGUUGAUGGGGCUAGCGUGUUCUUCUUUCUGUUAAUUUUAAAUAAAGUAUUACCUACCUACCUACCUACCUACCUACCCGCGACUCCAUAAAAUACACGGUUUAGAGCUUUUUUACCCCAUGGAAACCAGCCUAGAGUUGAUGGGGCUAGCGUGUUCUUCUUUCUGUUAAUUUUAAAUAAAGUAUUACCUACCUACCUACCUACCUACCUACCCGCGACUCCAUAAAAUACACGGUUUAGAGCUUUUUUACGACCCGCGACUUCUUACCCGCGACUUUUUACCCGCGACCCGCGACAUUUUACCCGCGACCCGCGACUUUUUACCCGCGACACGCGACCCGCGACCAUUAGUCAAACUCGAUUGCCAACUCUUAUCAACUCUAUUUCUCGUUUGACCGUGAAAAUUUGCUUAAAUUUUGCUUGCCUCAAAUAAAGACAAGACUAUAUAUACUAUAGUCUAUACUGUAUUAACGAAAAGAGUAUAAGUAUAUUGAUUUUCUCGCGUUGAUAACUGCCUGUUCAUGAACACACGCGACCCGCGACCAUUAGUCAAACUCGAUUGCCAACUCUUAUCAACUCUAUUUCUCGUUUGACCGUGAAAAUUUGCUUAAAUUUUGCUUGCCUCAAAUAAAGACAAGACUAUAUAUACUAUAGUCUAUACUGUAUUAACGAAAAGAGUAUAAGUAUAUUGAUUUUCUCGCGUUGAUAACUGCCUGUUCAUGAACACAAUCUGCUAAACCGUAAGUCCAUGAUGCUUAAAGAUUAUUAAAUUCGUCACGCGCGCUGAUUAAAUGUUUAUACUGGCACUGAUAAACAUAACAUGUUACAAGACAACGUGCGUAACUGGAAUGAGGAACAGGACUGUCCUCCCAAUUAAUACCUGGCCCCCACUUACACGGAAUGAAACACGGGAUAACUUGUGUAGUAGUAGUAGUAGUAGUAGUAGUAGUAGUAG